AUGCAUAUUCAUUCGACAUUUGCUAUCUUUCUACUCUUUUGUCUUCUUAUUCAAACCUUAUAUGGUAUUCCGCCUACGCAUUAUCGAGCUGAACAAGAUGAUCAACAACUGGCAUCGUUGAUCAAUGAACUCAAAGAACGUCAAUGGCAUAUCGACUCAUCUGAAGCAAAUGAUAAUAACAUCCGUUAUGGUUGUCACGUCGAACACGUGGAAAUCGCUUCUAUGGAAAACCAUUAUGGAUCUCUCGACAUGGAUAAAACUUUUUUCUUUCUUUUUCUGGUAAAAAUGCAAUAA